AUGGUUGUACAAAACAAACGGCCCGGGAGUGACCGUAUGGGUCGACUCAAACCAGUAGUAAUCAUCAACGACCCGAUGGCACUAAACAGGCAUUUUCUCGGCCAGAAUUCGUGGGACAAAUUGACAUUUUGUUGUCUCACAUCUAUCAAGUUGGGAAUGUUUGCGCAAGGUCGCUCACAGGGCGGUCAGUUUAUCAAUAAACACACAAAAACAAUGACUUUCACGCGUAUUGUGAAUGCAAUCGUUUCGGACAUCACUUCACAAAUGGUGGCCAAAGAAGGCAUUGAUCGACCGUUUAUACCAAAAGGCUAUCUCUUUGAUAUGAUUUUGAACAUUAUAUCGUUGACAACUUUUAAUCAAAAACUGGAACCAGAUGAUUUGAACAAGUUCAAAUAUUUGGCCACUGCUUAUUCCCAUGAAAUGGGUGGCACUCAUAUUGUCUAUGAAUUUAUACCUUACAUUCGGUUUUUAAUGUCCGACCCUUUGAUGAAAUAUCGCCACAAUUAUAACCAAUGCUUUGACUAUACGUUAGACGUAUUGAAAGCACACAAAAACACUUACGAUGGGAGCGUUUGUCGCGAUUUUUGCGAUGCGUUUAUCGGCGCUCAGCGUAAGGCAGAGGCCGAGUGUCGGCCCGGAGUUGUCCAGUGGUUGACCGACCAGAACAUUGUCGCCACAGUUAUUGACUUGAUUUUUGCCGGCACAGAGACGACAUACGCCACACUUCAAUGGAUGGACUGGCAGAGAAAGAUGAGGGUAGAGAUCGAUGACGUGUUGGCCGAUAGAGUGGUCACAUUGGCUGACAGGCGGCGCAUGCAUUGCGUGCAGGCGUUCAUCGCUGAGACCCUACGCUAUCGCACCGCCGCUCCCGUCGGCUCUCCGCGC